AUGAAGAAGAGAUUCACAUACUCCAAAAAGGACAAGGCGCGGUCACACAAAAAUGAGGAUCGCUCCACACCAGAGGACGAGGAUGGCAGUCGUAAGCGGCGGAAAACCGACAGCCCCAGCGAGACCAGCAGCUUUGUGUCUGUGCCCACGAUAUCAUCAACGGCCUCCAGUAUUCGUGCAAAGAGCUCAGCACUCUUCAAAAGGGGAUCGCAAAUGUUCAGUGGGCCUGCGUCCAUAACUCCAGAUGAUGCAGAAGUCGACGUGACGCCGAGGGCACGGAAGUCUUUGUCCAGUUUGUUUGACAAAGCAAUACAAGGAGGACGCACCGCGCAACUACAGACAUCUCAGCAACCGAAGAUUCAUGGUAGCCGCGAAGAAUUUGUGCGGACAGUCGAAGUCAGAAAGAGAGAACCAAAGAGCACACAGACAAGUGGUAGUUAUCUUCCAACACCGCCCUCAGAAGUACAAAGGCUCCGCAGCAAUGGCACCGGCAGCAGCAAUUCGAGCGGUCUUGGUGCACUAACCAAGUCAAGCAUGACGUCCGCCACCUACGAUGGGUCUUCAGAGACUACAGAUCUAAGCCGGGAGCCCAGCAAAAGCAAAACACAAAAGCAACCAUACGUGCCUAAGAUCUACGCGGCCAGGAGGACACCGCAUCCAGGUGCUGAUCUAUACGGCGACCCGUUACCAAAGCGCUCUCAGGAAUUACAGUUGUGGUCGACUAAUCAAUCGAAAUCGCCCUUCUUGCGGCUUCCUGAAGAAGUACGCGCACGAAUCUAUGCAUAUAUCUUGGGCGGUAGGACCAUCACCAUCGGCUACGAGACAUAUCGCCGUGUAGAAGCUGUAGAUGAGGCUGCGAAAGCCGUGCCAAUCUUUCGCUACUGCUGCGCUAUCUACAGCCAACGCAACGUUAACCCGUUCGGAAACCAGCCACCCUUUGUCAACGUCAUGUACAAAUAUACCCCCCUGAACAACAUCUGCCGGCAGUUAUACCACGAAACCGCUACACUACCUUUCAUGCUUAAUACGCUUGCAUUUUCGACGCACAACGUCAUGUUCAAUUUCCUUUACCUGGAGCAACGACUUUCACGCGAGCAGCGUGAUGCGAUCACAUCUAUCACGCUGCAGAACGCGCUUCCGAUGGCGAACUUCCUCGUCUACAUGCGUAAGCUGCAGAAGGUGGUACUUGUGGAUGGUUUUGCAGAUAACCAGAAGGGCACAUACAAGGUGACCCGCGUCAAGGGCAAGGCGCCAAAGCUACUCAACACGAGGCACGUCUGGGGAGGUUAG